AUUUAUUACAAAAUUGAUUUUCCAAACAAAAAAAACCCUUUCAAAAUUAAUGCUCGGCAGAAUUCUAGAUUAGUCAAGGGGAUAAAAUAAAUUACUUUUUAAUAAAUAUGAAACCAGCCAAAAAUAUCCGUGUCAAAUAAUUAAAAGGUAUUUAUUCCCCUUAUCAAUUUGAUGACUUCUGUACACAAAAAAGUGUAAUGAUCUAUUAUGGUAUUGAUUUUUGCACCCACGAUGCUGAACAAUUUGCAGAUGCAAAUCUGUUGAUUCAAAUGAGUAUCAAAUUCUUAUUCCAGACUAUUAGGAAUAGUCAUUGAGAUUACAAAUAGCAGCUAUGGAAGUUAUGGAACCAUUACAGGCUCCAGUUGGGGCAGCAAUUGAGAAUCUCUACCCAGCAUUACUGCAAUGUUUUGCUAUUAUUUUAUCAGGUUAUGCAGCUGGUCGAAUGAACUGGAUCUCAGAAACGGAAUCAAAAGGCAUGAAUACAUUUGUAGGGACAUUUUCCCUACCAGCUUUAAUAUUUAUGUCCCUUGCCGAAUUGGAUUUAAGUUCGGUUAAUUGGAUGUUCCUUGUGGCUAUACUGUUAGCCAAAAGUGUAGUAUUUUUUGCUGUGAUAGUGGUUACUUUAUUGGUAGGCAGACCGUUGAAUUUGGGCAGGGCAGGCAUUUUUGCUAUUUUUUGCACACAGAGUAAUGAUUUUGCUAUUGGGUAUCCUAUAGUGGCUGCACUUUAUAAAUCUACCCAUCCCGAAUAUGCAUCUUACUUAUAUUUGGUAGCACCAAUAAACUUGGCUAUUCUAAACCCAUUAGCGUUUGUCCUUAUGGAGAUUCAUAAAAAGCGAGCUUUACAAGAAGACGAAGAAGCACUACUGAAUCAAGAGGUGGUGUCGAUUAAUAGUUCCGAGUGUGCUCACCAUAGAAAAAGAUGCAAAAUGGUGGUGACCGUAAUGAAGAAUAUUUUUUUUAAUCCUAUAAUUUUUAUGACGAUCUUGGGAAUCGCUGGCAACGUAAUUUUUAAGCAUCAAGUGCCCGUAUACUUUGCCGGAAUCUUGAAUGGGUUAGGUUCAGCUUUCUCUGCCAGUUCAUUAUUUUUACUCGGUCUCCGGAUGGUGGGAAAAAUUCAUAAAUUGACUGGAGCAACGCUGGUUGUUCCUGGAAUUUUAAUAAUGGUCAAAUUAAUUGCUUUACCAUUGAUAACAAGAGAGGUUGUAAACGUACUACAUUCUGGAUAUAACAGCUCUGAAACUUUAGAUUUAAGUACUUAUGGCUUCUUUUAUGGCACAUUCCCGACUGCUCCAGGUGUUUUCGUUUUUGCUGGCCAGUACAUGAUUGAUAUAGAUUUGAUUGCUAAUGCUAUGGUAGCUUGUACGUUCUUAAGUGCCCCCUUAAUGUUCAUAUCGGCAAAAAUGAUCACGAUCACAAAUUGCGAUCCCUCUCAAUACAUCAAGGAGUUGGACCAAUUUACGCUGGAUGUAAGUGUGGUCGGGGUGAUCGCUUGCAUAUGGAUUUUGGGUAUAUUCACUCUUACCAAAAAGAUCACGAAGAUUCCGCAUAAAAUUACGGCCUGUUUGGUUGUUUCUCACUUUAUCAGUUGUUUGGGUGCGAUUCUUUGGAAUGUCUUAAAACAAGACCAGGAGAGCCGUAGCUAUUUGCAGUUUUCUUUAUUCACUAUCGGGGUGUACAGUUCACGUAUUUGGACGGCCAUUUUAGCGAUAACGUUGCUGUUUUUGCAGUGCAGGAGUUUGUGUUUUGCUUUGAAGUUGCAGCCACUUUUCUUUGGCUUUGGAUGGGGCUUACCCGUUUUAUUAUGUGCAGCCCUUCUAAUAUUCGACAAGUCGUCAACUUUGCCAUUUGAAAAGCGAAAUCCAAAUUUUGCCUACGGGGUUUCACAAGCGAUCGUGGCUGUAUCGCUUCUAGUUUUAUGUUUUAUUGUGACCGCAGGCUGCUUAAUCCUUCACCAGAGAUACAGAAGACGACACAACCGAUACUUAGAUUUAUCAAAUGAGAUUGCCACCGAUUUUGAUCCACAAAUAAAUGAGGACGCUACCGGAAGUUGUUGUUCCAGUGGCGAAAACAGUAGCAAAACAUCAAAAUGCAACGGAUUACCGACUAUUAAGGAGGGUGGUUCUGAAGAAGUUACUAGUCCAGUGGUUGAUAUUGAAGAUUUAGUCGGUUCUGGAGGCUUUAAUAGUGCUGUAAAAAGAAUUAAGACCAAAGAGAAGUCUACUCCUCAAGAUCUGACUAACGAAGCAGUAGAUCCAGGGAGGUCUACCUGCUCUACCAGAUAUGGCUGCGGAGGACCCCACAGAGAAUCAUGCCGUGCGGUAGUUGGUCAGUACCAGCAACCAAUCGAUAACGACCUCGAACCUAUAGAAGAAGACCCCGAAUCUCACGAUCCGCAAAUAUUAAGGCACACGGUACUUCUUAUUUUACUGCUCUGCAGCAUGUUCGUGGGUCUUUCAUUGUCGAUCUGGACUUUGGUCUUGGAACAAAUCUCUGGAAUAUACGUGGAACUGUCAUUCCUCGAUGCCAUUUUAAAUUUCGGCCAGAGCCUGAUAGUGCUUAUAAUCUUCGGUCUGGACGUCAAAGAAGUUACGUUGCCGAUACUCAAGUUUUGGAGAAAAUUGUGGUUCGGGGCAAACACCUUGAUUUUACCCGCAUGGGAUGAGUUAAGCCCGGAAACCAAACAGGUUUGCGAUCAGUUCGCCACUCAUCAUUUAAGGAGCUGUAAAAGUGCCAUUGCAUCGGAGAAAAGAUGGCGGUUUCAAACUUACCGAAACGUCUUUACUGGCGCUCAGUUUAUUGACUGGAUGAUCAAGGUGGGCUUGGCCAGAGACCGAAUCGAGGCAGUUAAUUACGGGCGACAUCUAGUCGAGGGUAAAAUAAUUAAACACAUAAACGGAGUGUACCACUUUUACGACAGGAAUCUGUUAUAUACCUUCGUGUAAUUUAGGUUUAUUAGACAUAGUGUAGGCCUCUUUGACCUCAAAAUAAAAAUUAUAUUUUAUUUGUA